GAAAUUUUCAUGUUGGCCAGUCAUGUUAACUCCUUAUAAUCUUCCUCCCGACAUGUGCAUGAAAAGUCAUUUCAUCUUUUUAACUUUAAUUUGUCCAGGUCCCUCGGAUCCUAAAGCCAUUUUUUUCUCUUACGCUUCCCAUUUCCUUCAGCAAACCCUAACUUUUCCUCUCUACUCCCUUACGCCUUCCGACACCCGCCGACCGCCACCCUCCCAAACGCCUCCCACUCCGCCGCCCUGCUGCCUCUCUUACACCCGCCAACCGCCACCCUCCCAAACGCCUCCCACUCCGCCGCCCUUCUGCCUCUCUUACACCCGCAGACCGCCGCCGCACACAUCUCACCGGCCACCGCGGAUUAUCUCCACCCCUGCCGCCGUUCUUCGAAGCCGGCCUUCUCUUCUUUCCCUUUCAUUUCUUGCCUUCUUCUCCGAGAUGAGUGAGCACGAGCGCCGCCUUUCCACCAUUGCUCGUCGUGGGCGUCAGAAUUCACGACGGGCCUCAAAUGCUGAUCGUGAUAUCAAUGAUGAUAUCAAUCCCGACGAAGGACAAGCUCUUGACGGACAUGUCCAAACUCCUCCCUCCAAACAAUCAGACGCUCAUAUAAGCGUGCAUGGGGAGGGGGCAUCAUCUCAUGCACCUCCUUCAUCUCGUGCAAUAUAUGCCCCCCCCCCCCCCCCCCCCCCACUCAAGAAGAGCGCCACAAUCCCGGUUCGCUUGAGGUGACACCUCAAUCGAUCCAUAGCGAUUCCGAGGUCUUGAAUAGAAUCAAGGCUAUUGUUUGUGGUCAUUUCACCGGGCCGUGGUCGACUUAUGGUGAGGUUCCGGCGGCCACUCGUGAACUAUGGUGGCGGUUGUUCAAGAAAAAAUAUGAGGAAGAGCGGGGGAAGAGAGUUGAUGAGCUAGCUGAUUCUGAUGACGAACUUGAUGAAAAUCAAGAUGAUGAAGCCAUCUUGGCGGCAACCGGAGUUUACAAGGGCCGGGUGCCGUUUAUGGGUUCUGAAGGCGUACGGAUCCUCGAGAAGACCAAAGGAGCUAGCUCAUCUUCUCAUUCAGCAUAUGAUGAUCGGGUUACCCGCCUCGAGAAACUAUUGGAGGAACGUGAAGCCGAGGCUCGAAGGCGGGAUGAAGAAGCUCGGAUACGGGAUGAAGAGCAAAGAAGAACAAGAGAAAGGUUGGAAGAGAUGGAACGCCAAAUGCGUAUUUUCAACGCCACCUACCGUCCAUCCAUGCACAUACAACACCCCGAGAUGACCCCACAAGUUCCCUUCGCGGGCAAUAUGGGCAAUAUGGGUAGUAGGGGUUUUGCUAAUUAUAGCCACAUCUCCAACAACUUUCCAUAUGGAUAUUAUGACGAUAUCCCGACUCCCGGAGCUCAAGCUUACCGUGGCAGCAGCCGUGCUGGCAGCCGCAGUGGCAGUCGAGGCGGUCAUCGUGGUGGCAGCCGUGGCCACGGAAGGCAACCCGAUCAUCGUGAC